UCAAAAAAUCCUCAUCAUCAGUCCGAGAUCCGUCCGCUUCGGGAGCACCCUGCGUAGUCGAUGGUGCGGCAGUGCGUUCGCUGGAAAUUUUAGUCCAAGAGUGCUCAAACUUCCCCGAAAAGUUCGCGUAUAAUUCCUACCACUUUUCCUUUCCGAAAAAGCAGUGGUUUGGCGUGUUUCUAUUCGUGCGACUCACUGAGAGCUUGCUCUACUCUGAAAUCCGAAAUUUUACCCAUGCCUGUGGAAAUUUAUACCGGAAAAAUUUAAAAGCACCGAAUUAUAAUUACGUGCUGGACGGUACGAACUGUAGGAUACCCAAAAAACUCCUGAUUUGCUCGGUUGAGCUACCGGGUGGCUUAUUUUGUCGUAAAUAUCUCGGAAAAUUAUUUACAAAUAUUAUAUUCCGGUAAAAAUCGCCAGAUACUAGAAAAUUCAAGUUUAACCCGGUUCAGCUGACUCAAAGCUUGUUCCAUCGUAAAAUACGAAAUUUAUAGAUAUUCAUCACCAAAAAUAUUGUUUUAUAUAAAUACAUAAUAAUACCGGACACAUAUUAGCAACGUAAAAAGUACCGAAUUUCCAAGAAAAAACUGGUUUAUUUCGGUCUCGAUCAACGAUGGAUCGCGCUACGAUGUUUUUACUCAUGAUGAUGCUAAUCUCCAAUCCAUGUGACGCAGGAGCGACCUCCGGUGACCCCUCGAGUGACCCUCCGAAUGACCCCUCUCCUGACCUCCCCGUGGGCAAGAACUUAUCAGACCUGGCUAACGAAAUCCCGACGACGACCGACUCGAACCGGACCUCGAGCGACCGAUACUCGAACCCGCCUCUCUGCUACGAGGUCUACUACGAGGAGAUGGAGGAAUCGCCCAAGAUCAUCUGCGGCCAGGAGCUCCAGCAGAUCUACCUCAAGUUCAACCCCGGGCUCAUGAAGAACCUCUUCGUGAACAUCUUCCUGACGAACGAGGACAGCCCGAUCUCGAUCAAGCCGGUGGAGUCGCUCAACACCAUCUACAACGACACGAGCGCCCCUUACUUCGAGCCGCCGAUCAACCCCUCGCACGCCGCCAGACUCGCCUCGGCCUCGGCCAACCCGCGCGAAGCCCGCGAGCCCCCCCGCGCCAUCUACUACUACCCCGAGGCCCAGAAGUACCCCUGGCAACGCAUCAACAAGAAAAAAGUCAAUUUCGGACAGCCGGGGGCACCUGGUCAGUUGACCUACGAGAAAGACGACAAAAUUUACUACAAUUUGGGGGGUCCUAGCGACCCUCACGAGUACGACCCCUAUCCCUACAGGUCCAGUGAAAAAACCGAAGAUCCUGAGAGAGUCUUGGAUGAUAUUUUCAAAAAGAGUAAGCCGAUGGUUUUAAAUUGCUUAUUGAGUCCUUUGGAUUGUGCAUCAAACGGGCCCGCGCUUCCUUAUUCACCCAAUAAAGCAUGGAAUGAGCUGUCUUUCGCGUACCCUCCGAGCGAUAUCAGCGCCGGUUUUGAGGACUAUGAUGAGGCUUCCAAUUCUCUGCAGCAGAGUGCGCCCUACUAUAACUAUAACGGCUUGCAAAAAUUGCUUCUGGACCCUAAAAGUCGCGAAGGCCUCCAACAAAGAGCUUUUGCCCCCCAAGAUGCAUCUUUCAGUCAGUUUUUGCCUUCUUUCAAUGAUUUUAGAUCUAAUGGUGUAAAAGCGGUACCAGCUUAUCCAGCCACCUCUAGAGAAAACCAGCCGAGGUUUUUGGACCUUUCAGAAACAGAAAAUUCCUAUUCCACGCCACUGAGACCCUUGAUGAUGAACAAACCAGCAUCUUCCUUUGACCCGAAAUUAUAUUAUACUCCUCAAAAUCUAGGAGAUGGAUCAGAAAUUCCGAGCUACCCAAAGAGUUACAACUCUUAUGUGACACCUGCAAACUUGCAAGUCGACGGCAAACGUCAAUUUUCUGGAUAUCCGACUCUUCAAACUGCGCAAGAUGGAAGUCUCCCAAAAUUUUCGAGCUACAAACCGUCUAAUACUAUCCAUGCUGAUCCUCAAAUCGCGAAGGAACAAAAUCGACCGCAAUUUUUGUACUAUUCAAAAUCGACUGAUUCCUAUUCACCCCCAAAAAGUCAGCAGGCGCGCGCCGAUCCGGCAGAUGUAAUGCGUCCCAAACUGGCCAACGUGUAUGUCCCUCCCCAAAGUGAAAUAGGAAAUAACCUCUUGAAGUAUGUGAACUACCCAAAAUCUGGUAGCCUCUACGGCCCAACGCAAAAUCUUAACGCAAACAAUCAGCAAAAAUACUCGAGCUACCCUAAAUCCUCUAAUCUCUACACCUCCCCUCCCCCUCAACCGAGAAAUAAUCCACCUACAUAUCCUAGGAACCGAGAUUCUAUGAACUUUUACUCUCCCCCUCAAAUUCUACGUAAGGAUGACCAACUGAUACCUUCGUACCAGCCAAAAGCAGCCAAUCCCUACUCAACCCCUCAAAAAAUUCGCGAAACCCCUCAAUUCGCAAAGCCUCAGUCUAACAGCGACCCCAAAAACCAUUUUUUUACACAGGUCACCUACCCUCUUCCCCCAAACUACUACCCUCCUAACAAUGUCCCUGUUCCUAUAAACCACUUUACGCGACCUCAAGUGUACCUCACCGGGGCUCCUGUAAUUCGUUACUACAAAAGACCACCUCUCCAUCCUCAAGUGAUCUCUCAACAAGUUCCCAGCUCAGGAAAAUACCCUUUAAAUUUUCGCGUACUCCUAGGCUUUAUUCAACCGAUUCAGAUCGCUCACGAUAAAGACACCAUCACCGCCUCGAUCCAAAAUAACGCACUCAGUGCAUCCGUAGAUAAUAGCGAGGGUGGCAAAAACACCACUAAACCGACGGAACCCUCCCCUGACACCCACUCCGAGAACGCAACUCCAGAGGAAUCCGACGAUAGCGGAAAAAGAGUGAUUUUAGACAACGAUGGACCAGAAGUACCCUUUUCGCCGGAAAUGAGUAGCCAGGAAGGCGAUCAUGUACACAAGAAACCAGCAGCGCUCUCUACCGACGACUCGGCGAAACUUUUAGUAAACGGAUUGGACAAUUUCGACCGCAACGCCUUGUCAGAGACACCGGAGGACGACAUGGGGUCAUCGGACAUCCUCAGAGACUACAUCAUGAACCUGAAGAACAAGGAGCGGCAGUACGAGAAGGUCAUCUCUCAAAGUCAACGCCAGAUAGAAGCACUGCAGCACGAUCUUAACCAGUUGAAGCAGGGCUCCGCAAGCAAGUAUUCUAAACUCUCCACGCCUUACUUCAACUACGGCGUAAACAACAACAACCAUCCCUUGGUGCCAGUGGUGCCCAUUGUGCAGCAUUUCACAUCCCUGAACAGUCCCCUCGUCCCGAAUUCCUCCCCCGUGUACCCCUUGCCCCAAUACCGCGCCACCGAGGUCGUCCCGUACCCUGGGCUCCCCUACUACCCGAACGCCCCUUUCCAGAGCCCUAAACUAGCCCCGAGGAACGAUGGGAUCAGUAUAGGAACCAUGAACACCCUCGGGACUUUCGGCCCUCUCGUUCCGGAUUAUCCGGGAAAUCCCUAUGCGUAUCGCUCUCCGGGGAAUAACGCCGGGGAUGAUUUCAUGGACUACGCAGAGCGGAAAAAAAUUGACGACACGGCGCAAAGUAAAAGCGCGAAAGUGUCCAGCGGCGGAAAAGAGGAAACCGUGAGCUCGGAGACGGAUGUAACUUCGACUGAGGAUCCGCUAACGACGCCGGCGAUCUUGACUACGGAUUCAGGAUCGACGGUCGACGUUACAACAACGCCACUCACAACGCAGACGGAGACUGGAACACCGCCUGACGUGGAUUCGUCGGAGAACUCGUCGGAGGGUGGCAGAGCCCCCAGCACGGAAGCAACGCCCUCAAGCUCGAAACGUCCGCCAGGGGGCGCUGGAGCAUCAGAGGCACCGAAAACUCCAGGUGCCAAGAGUGUCGAUGCUAAAGAGGACAAACUUGCCGGCAGGCACGUUAAAACAUCGCACUACUCGAACCUCAAGUUCUCGCAGGAGAUGUCUUCUAACCGGACCGUCAUCAGUAACCAGCCCGUGACGUCACGCCCUCCGGCAUCAACGCAGUCCAUCGACGACGUACCAGACAGACCCACAACGCCAUCACCUGCCGACGUCGUAGGAGCUCGGCACGCCCAGGGUGACGUCAACAGUUCGACGUCAUCGAAAGAAGCGAAGUCAGCGCUGGACCCGCUCAUCGAGGACAUCGUGCGGGGCAUCAAGGGCAAGCGGAACUACGUCGAUGACAUCUUCCAAAAUGCCCGACAGUCGCAGCCGAAAAACGAGGAGAAGAAUGUGAGUAGGGUUGAGAAAACCCAAGGGAGGACAUCCGUCCUCCGGGAUGAUAAGUACGGGACGCUGGCACUAGUAGAGGCGCCUAUGACCAUCGUCUACUAUCCAGGCUACAAACCUCGCGCUAAUUCGUGAUACUUUCGUCUCUCUGUAAAUAACCCCGAUGUGCAAUGAAUAAAGUUAGUUGUUAAGGACGAAA